AUGGCUCACCGCAUUGACCUCACCCCUAUCCCAGAAUCUACUGAUGUCGAGCAUGGGAUUCCAUUUGUGAUCAAGUGGAAGAAUGCAGCUACGAGUCACAAAAUGGAGCUGUGGAUUGGAGUGCACAUCCCUGAGAACCUUGCGCAUGGAUCCUCAAAACCAAAAGCUAAUGCCAACCCUGAAAAACCUGCAGAGGCCACAUACUUGAUGUACCUCCCCGGAUGCAAUACUUAUCGUAUGAUUGAGCGGAAGUGCAUCUUUCCACUAUCGGAGUACACCCCACAUGAAUUUGAUCAAGACGGUCGUGAUUACGCCGAUGUUUACAACGUUGCUCAAAAGACAAGUGAUAUUAGAUUCUGGAGCAAUUACACCAGAAAGGAAUACCAGAUGAAAGGACGUCAUGACAAUACGCCCUCCCUUGAUUUCGGCCAAGACGUCGAUGUCGACACGGAUGAUGCGAGCGAGCUCUCCGAGGGCAAUAAGGAUCAAUCUAUCUACCCUCCGGGGGUACCUCAAAUUCAGAAGGGACUCCCGAAGCGCACUUCAGCACAUGGAUCUGGGUUCACUACUAGGAAGAAGGCCAAGACAACGCAGGAGCAACAGCCAGAUGGCGAGGAGCUGGUUGAUAUUCACAUUGGCAGCGGAGACAAUCAGCACAUUAAGAUCAACAAAUCAUCCUUUUUGAAGGGUUCCAUCCAGACUUUGGGAGUGGCCCCAUACAUUUUUCACCCCUAUCUUCACGGGAUGACACCUGUUGAAUUUGAGCCCGUGUACGCCUGCCUUUCCCACGAUGAUGAUCUGAACUCUGAUCUUGCCUCUGUCGAUAAUGAGGCGGAAGAUGUUCUAGGUGAUACCGAAAAAAUCGCCAAGUUGUACAUGCUCAAGGAUGUACACAGUAUUGAAGAUCUGAAAGCACUCAUUCCUCGUCUCGGCAUCAUGUGCUCUCAAUCCUGUUUGCUCGGACUCGCAGAGAUGGCAGAUGCCGUUAUCAAGAAGAUUCAAGUAGCAUGGAACGUCUACGGCAGAAUGGACCAGCUACCUUUGUUACUCGACUUCAUCGAAGAUGUCAUGCUGAGGGUAGUCGACACUCGUUACAACCAAGCUUUGCUCAGGUCUGGUCCAAUUCAGGAGUUCUGGAUCCCUAGUUCCCUUACGGAAAUUAUGACGUUGUACGUCAGAGAACUUCCACAACGCUUUUGCAACCUUAUGAAUAAGUAUCCCUCCCUGCAAGCAGAAGUCUUGGCGCAACGAGCUGCUCUCUGCUGCAAUGACAAGUUGGUUCGUAUGGAGGAGAAAUUCAGGCAGCGUGAGCCGUUGACCGAAGCCAGUUUCGUGAUUCCGCAAAGGAAAAAGGAAUUGUUGAAGAAGAACCAGGCCAGGAGCAUGAGAUCAAGGAUGUAG